AUGUCACACUAUACAUUAUACUUUUUAGCACUAAAUAAAGCGUACUUUUAGGGGUACAAUAUUAUGCAAUAUACAAACAGACGUUUACAGUAAUCAUGUGUAUCAUGCAUGCCAGGCCUCUAGUUGGCGCUGUCACUUUGAGGAGAAACAUGCGCAGCAACUUCCUGUCCUCGCAGUCCAAACGUUCAUGUCCAAAUAUCAAAACCCUUAUGUGAUGUGAUAAAUGAAUGACGGUGAGUAAUGCGGAUCUACUUCACACUUCAGUGAGCCACCCAUGAAGUAAAUAUAUACGUUGUAGGAGAAACGUUCGUCAAAAAUACUAGUGUUAGCACCAAUGCUACCACGUCACUUGAUGUUCCGCCAUGACUGUUUCUAUCGUGGCUUUCUCGCUACUUGCCCACAUUCAACAAUGGCUCCGUUUUCAGCGCUGUUAAUGAAUAUAAUGCUUUUAUUUAAAAAAAAUAAGUCACCAUUGAUGUUAACAGCUUUGUGAACAUAGUACAGCCUCUACCCUCAAUCUCCCAAUAUACUUAACUAACAUUUAGGCUAGUAAUUAGUUCGCCAUUUCUAUUAAGCUUACAAUGGCUUGGCCCUCAAGCAAACAAAGCAAGGGCCCAAGGUGUGCUUGAGUAAAUUUGGUACGGAGGAACUCACGCAGAAGACCUCAAGCCCAUGAAAUACCUUUGGCACAAAUGAGAAAUGUGGUGGUGGUUUUCUUUUUCAUUUUCACAUCCUGUAGGUGCAGUGGCCUCAUGGACAAAAUACUGUGGCCUACAUGGUGUUGAUGUGUAGUCCAUGUGUUAACUUGAUUUUUCUUCAACCUUCCUGGGAUUCAGUUUGAACCUUCUCGAUGUGUUGUGUAGAUAUUGCCGCUCACUGCGGAGGUCUCCUGCUCUCUGCUGGGACUUAGUGCCUCAUGGUCUGGUCCUGGUGUUCAUUAAAAGCUGCGCUGCUGCCAGUGGAGGAGUACCUGGCUGUGAGGCUGGAGGGAACCUGCUGCUCACCCUGAAGGAACUCUUUGUUCUGUGGAACACCAUGUAUCGGCACUGUAAACAUGAGCGAUGUUUCGUUGGCUGUGAACGCCCGUCAGCUGCCGUCUCGGAGAGUACAAAUCAUCGGGUUUUCCGGAAAGCGUCCAGAGCGUGUACGCACACGUCCAAGUAUCACCGUAUCAACAACGAAGAAGUCAAGGGAGGUUGUUUCGAAUAGAAAGCGGCCACAAGCAUGAUGGACCAAGCCGGCAUCCUGAGAAAGUUUAUCCAGGGCGUGAAAGCCAUGACCGAGGGGGACGACGACAGAGGAGAGGACAACUUCGGCAGCGACUUUAUGCGUCUGCGGCGGCUGUCCACAAAGUACCGCACGGAGAAGAUCUACCCCACGAACAUUGGCGAGCGAGAAGAAAAUGUGAAGAAGAACCGAUACAAGGACAUACUGCCAUUCGAUCACACUCGGGUGAAGCUGACGUUAAAAACAACCAAUCAGGAUACCGAUUACAUCAAUGCCAAUUUCAUCAAGGGCAUGGAUGGCCCGGAGGCCUACAUCGCAACUCAGGGCCCUCUCCCCAACACUGUGAUAGACUUCUGGAGGAUGAACUGGGAGUACAACGUCGCUGUUAUUGUGAUGGCCUGUCGAGAGUUUGAGAUGGGAAGGAAAAAAUGUGAGCGGUAUUUCCCGCUGUUCGGGGAGCCCGUGAGUUUCGGGCCUUUCAGAAUCUCAUGUGAAUCGGAGCAGGCCAGGACGGACUACUCCAUCCGCUCUCUGGUGGCGGAGUAUGAAAAUGAAACCCGGCGGAUAACGCAGUUCCAUUACAUUAACUGGCCCGAUCACGACGUCCCUUCGUCGUUUGAUUCCAUCCUGGACAUGAUCGGUCUCAUGAGAGAAUACCAAGAGAACGACGACGUCCCCAUCUGUGUGCACUGCAGUGCUGGCUGUGGGAGGACAGGCGCCAUCUGUGCCAUUGACUACACGUGGAACCUCCUCAAAGCUGGGAAAAUUCCAGAAGAUUUCAAUGUUUUCCGGUUGAUCCAAGAAAUGAGGACGCAGCGACACUCAGCUGUUCAGACUAAGGAGCAGUACGAGUUAGUCCACAGAGCAAUCGCGCAGCUCUUCCAGAAGCAACUGCAGCUACUGGAGAGCCCCACAAAUGUGCAGAUACAUGAUGUCAUGGAUGAAAGCAGUCCAGACAAAGCGAGCCACCAGUCCAAUGAUGAGCGAUGGGACACGCCUCCCCCGAAACCGCCUCGUAUACGCAGUACCCAGGUGGAAGGCGACGUCAAAGAGGAGAUACUGCAGCCCCCCGAGCCUCACCCCGUGCCCCCCAUACUGACCCCGUCGCCCCCCUCGGCUUUCCCCACCGUCACCAACGUCCGCCAGGACAAUGACCGCUACCACCCCAAGCCUGUUAUCCACGUCCUGGCCACCGCGCAGCAGAACGUCACUCGGAAUGACGGCACAGAGAAGGAGAAGAACCUGUCAGAGGCAAGUCCCAAAACACAGACCAGUCCAUCAGAACCCAAAGACCAAAACGUGCUCUGUCAAAAGCAGCAGAUGUCCAACCUUGAUCUCAAUGAAAACUACAACAACAAACUAUCUGCGGCAACAGCAAAGUCUGAAUCGGGCCAAAGCUUGACUCCGUCCUUGCCCAUAUCCCCCGCGGCCGACUGCUGCGCGGCACCACGCAUCGAGAGGAAGCUCAGCAUUGAGAUUAAAAAGGUGCCUUUGCAGGAAGGACCCCGUAGCUUCGACACUUCCUCCGCCAUGGGAGUGGCGGCCGGAGCAGGCGGCGGCUCGGCCAACAGCGGGAGCAUGCUGCAGAGAUGCCACGCCUUCAAGGUCCGCUCCGGGCAGUCCCAGCUCACGUCCAGCUCCUCGCUGUCCGAGGAUUCCGGCACAGAGGGCGGAUGCGGGGAGAGCCAGGCGGACGGCGGCGUCCUCGCCAGACCGAACCACCUCCCGGUGAAGAGUGACGGCGGGGACAGAGCGGAACUGAAGGCCAGCCACGCGGCCUGGGCUCAGCCCUGCGGCAGCCCCGAAAAACCUUUCCCCAAAACCACCUCGUCCGAUCGCGUGGCCCCGUCCUCCUCCUCCUCUUCGCACCUCUCGUCCUCCUCCUCAUCCACUCCGGUUCGGACUGCGCUGAGCUUCACCAACCCGCUGCACUCGGACAACUCGGACGAUGAGGGCGACGGGGAGAUGUCGGCAGGCGGGGAGGGUUGUCGCACCAGUGUUUCCACGGCGACGGUGACGGCCCUUCACUUUGGAGAUCACCAGCUGCUGCGGAAGGUGUCCCCCAUGUCCAUUGCGGGGCAGAGCUCCUCGUCGCCCGCUGCAGUCACAGCAAACAGCUGGGACAGUGACGACUCCCCUCCCCCUCUCCCAGAGAGGACCCCCGAGUCCUUCAUACUGGCCACAGACCCUCUGGACGUCAGGACGCCCGCCUCGGCCGAGGGCCGCGGUUCACACAAAGAUUUGUCUGAAUGUGUCCAAAAGACCUCUCCAGCUGAUAGUCCGUCUCCAGGCACCAGAGCGGCCAACAGCAAGGCAGACCUGAGUGGGGUUCGAUAACGCCACAUUCCAGGCCCGCGACAACGCCCCCUGGAGUGGACAAGACGAAGCGCUCUGUCCACAACAGUGUCCUCCCUCCCGAGAUGGACCAAGACCUCACCCGGGUGGUCCCAAACCGAGUUUAUCAGAUGCCACCCUGCCGGCUGUGCGUUUUUACAAGUCGGAGCUCCUCUCUUAGAGCAGCAUUGUCCUCAUUAGCUUGCUGAAGGCGGAUGUUUCAAGGUGCUGACGCGGGAUCCGUUCUGCUUAUUCCCCGGUUAGUUUGAAGCCUAAUAUCCUUGACGUGAGAGCAAAUCAGGACCGCCAGCUUCUCUCUGAGCUGGAGCCAUUUCCUCUUUGACCAAAUGGAAGCCCGUCUAUCAGAUGUUCUCCUUGAAACGAACACUGACCAGAGGGUGCCCUGCUACUGAAUGAGCAACAAUCUUCAAAGCGAAGCCAGAUAAUCUUUUAGUUUCACGCGAUCGCGCCGACCCCCGUCGCUCUCCCCCCACUUUGUGUGUGCUGGUGCCGCUGCAUUACUGAGGAUGAGCGCAGAAACAAAAAGACGGGAGCGGACUCUUGCGUCUCCCCUCAUUCGUGGUUUUGCGUGGGAACAUGUCAGCUGCAGUACUUAACGACUCGAGUUCUACCAUGACCUCUGUUUUGAACCGCAGUCCCAGAGUGAUGUGGUUUGGUCCUACAUUGUUACCUUCCUGCUCAGAGAUGAUAGAAGUAGCCACGUUUUCACCACACGGUACAGUUCCAACAGCCUGCAAUGUGUUGCGCUCCAUCCUUUGUGCAACACGCCACAUUGGAAGGUUGCCAAAAAGUGCUAUGGUCUAGACCCGACCGAUUAUUUCCGGGGCCCAACUCCUCAUAAUAACAUUCGAAAUGAAUACAGCCGUACAACCUGGUGGAAAGAUGAUUUUUGAGGGUGGUGUGUGUGUCUGAUGCGAUAUCAAGGAAGUCUUUUUCAAAGGACAAAGUGAAACUGCUCUCUUGUAUAUGCCGAUUGAACCUCGUGGCUCAAUCGGCAAAUCUGGUUGCAGUCAACCUCGUGUCUCGAGUCUGUUAUUUCAAAGCGGUCAGUCAGGACCAAACAACUACGCUUGAAGACUCAGGUUCUCAGUGCUGGGACCAUGAGCCGACCUUAGUCUGUCUCCCCGACAGGACAGUCAACCGCAGCCCUCCUCAGCUUUUCACUUUCGAAACAUGCAUUGAGAUUCUUUUUGGCUCUUAACUGCUUGCCUCAUUUUUUUUUUUUUUUUUUUUGCUGUUGCCGCUUGUUUUCGGUUCUUCCUUUUCCUUCUCCCCCUGGGGGAGGCCCAGCAGGUUAACCACCACGCGACGCGAGUCCACGUUUAUGGGAGCAAGCUCUUGUCAAAAACAACAACCUGUCAUGUUGCUUAUGCGAUACUUGCGUGGGUAGACGACUGACACCAGAACAUCCAAAGGGUCUCAAAUCUGACCCGGCAAGGACUGGCGUUGUUUUCUCUUGACUUCUAUGACAGUAUCUACAUUCUUUGUUUUUAUAAAGAUCAAAAACUGUACAGGUCGGUUGAGCUCUGUUUUAUUCCAGAUUUUCUUUGUUUAAACAGAAGAUGUAAGAAAAUCCGUGCAACCCUACCCAAAGUGUAAAUUAUUUUUUUGCUGCCCCAUUUAUUUUUUGUUUUUGGAUAUUUCAGGGUUUUUUUUUUUUUUAUGAUAUGCUUUAAAAAAAAAAAGAUUUUAAUUGGCUGGCAGAAAAGCAGCCUGUUGGCCCUUUUCAUAUUGUAGCCACAAAUGGGCUACGAAUAAGAUUGUAAGAAUAAUGUUAAUGAUGUUUUUAAAUGUUAUUUUUGUAUGCACAAGUUGUUAGUUGCUUCAUUCGAUCACCAGGUCUAUUCUACGUUGUUUGACUCGCACAAUUCCCAUCAGCCAGGUCCAUGCAACGCAGGUCCCAUUUUUGUCUCUUACCUCUCGUUCAACGCCGCUGCGUUUUAUUUUUCUUGGCCUUUAGGUUUAGCCGCCAAGCAGUAUGCACACUGUCCUCGAUUUCAGAAUGAGCCCACCUGUGCCUUUAUGAGACAGCCUUCUCCCCCGACACCAUCCACUAUCGUCUUUUAUUUGCUGCUGAAGCUCGUUUCAUUUCUUCACCCCCCCCAACCCCCCUUUCUGACCCUCACCUUGUUGUCACCCAAAAAAAACCACACACAAUGUUUGUAUGUUGCAGAAAUCAAUCAGUAAAAUGAACAUUACAACAAGA